AACGAAAAGCAAAAUAUGGCUUCUCUGACCAAUGAAGCAGCCAGUUCUUCAUCUUCUUCUCUCCCACAUUCUUCUACUGAUCACCGAAAUCAUUACACAUACGAGGUGUUUUUGAGUUUUCGAGGCGAGGAUACACGCUUUAAUUUUACAGAUCAUUUGCACACUGCUUUGUGUCAGAAGGGAAUUGAGACCUUUAGAGAUGAUAAGCUUAGCAGAGGAGAGGACAUAUCACAAGAGCUCCUUAAAGCAAUUGAGGAGUCCAGAGUUUCAAUCAUUAUCUUCUCUCAAAACUAUGCUUCCUCAAGGUGGUGCCUAGAUGAACUGGUCAAGAUACUUGAAUGCAGAAAAUCAAGAGGACACGAGGUUAGACCGAUUUUCUACAAGGUGGAUCCCUCAGAUGUCCGACACCAAAGAGGUGCUUUCGGUGAGGCAUUUGCUACGCUUGAUCAAUACAAAUACAAGGAUAACAUGGACAAAUGGAAGGCAGCUCUUAAGGAAGCAACAGAUUUGUCUGGAUGGCCUUUCAAGGAUGGCGAGUAUGAGGGUAAAUUUAUCAGGAAGAUUGUUGGGGAGUUGUCCGCCCGAGUAGUAAACCCUUCAUGUAUGUUGCAAAUAGCUACACAUCCAAUUGGAAUAGAGUCUUGUAGACAAGACGUCAACAAACUUUUACAUGCCAAGGAAAAUAUUGUUUGCAUGGUAGGCAUAUGGGGGCCCGGUGGAAUAGGAAAGACUACAAUUGCGAAAGCUGUGUUUAAUUCAAUUCGCCAUAAGUUUGAAGGUAGCUGUUUCUUGGAAGAUGUUAGAUCAAAUGGCCUAGCCCCACUACAAGAGAGACUUUUGUUCGAUAUUUUCAGGGACUCAACUUUGAAGGUGUGCAAUGUUGAUCAAGGAGUCAAUUUUAUAAAGACAGGGAUGCAAAAAAAAAAAGUUCUUUUAGUGCUUGAUGACGUGAGUCAUUCUAGCCAAUUACAUAAUUUAGUUCCAUCCCAUGAUUGUUUUGGGCCUGGCAGUAGAAUUCUCAUAACAACAAGAGAUAAACGUUGGCUAAUUGCCCAUCAAGUUGAUGAAGUAUAUGAGGUCAAGAUGUUAAAUGAUCGUCAAGCUUUGAAUUUGUUUAGUUUGAAUGCAUUCAAAAGAAAUGAUCCUCCAGGUGAUUAUAUGGAACUUGCACAACGUGUUGUACACUAUGCCCAGGGCCUUCCAUUAGCUUUGAUAGUUUUAGGCUCUUAUCUAUUUUGUAAAAGCAAGGAUGAGUGGGAAGCUACAUUAGAUGGUUGUAAAGGAGAAGAUCCACACAUAGAGAUAAUAAACGUUCUCAAAAUAAGUUAUGAUGCUCUGGGAGUAGAUUUAAAAGGAUAUUUUCUUGAUAUCGCUUGUUUCUUUAAGGGCAAGUAUGUAGACAAUGUGAAACCAAUACUAGAAGCUUGCUACGACCUCAAAUCAUUGACUGGUAUUGCACAACUCAAACAAAAGGCCUUAAUUAGAAUUGACUAUGAGACUUUCAAGGGUGGUAGGAUUUGGAUGCAUGACUUGAUAGAAGAAAUGGGUAAAGAAAUAGUGCGUCAAGAGGGUGAAUCUGGCGGAAGGAGUAGAUUGUGGAAUUAUGAUGAUGCCGACCAUGUUUUAACAGAUAAUAUAGGAACAAAGAAAAUAAAAGGCAUCGAAGUAGAGGGGCAGCUAGGAAAAACGAUAUGUUUGAAUGCUAAAAGCUUUUCAGAGAUGAAAAAUCUUAGAUACUUUGUUAGCGAUUAUUUUGCACACUAUUCUGGGAAUAUCGAUUAUCUAUCCAAUGAGUUGAGGUGGCUUAAUUGGUCCGGAUGUCCGAUACAAUCAUUUCCUUCAAAUUUUCAUCCAAGGAAACUUGUUGCGCUCCAUAUUCCAUACAGCCGUUUUAUCAGACGAUUAUGGGAGGGACUGAAGAAUUUUCCAAUUCUAACAUCUAUGGACUUAAGAUGUUGUAAAUCUCUAACAGAACUCCCGAACUUCACCGGAAUACCCAACUUGAAAGAGCUGAAUUUAUAUGGUUGUGAAAGUUUAGUUGUGGUUCAUCAGUCCGUUGGAUUCCUAGAUAAGCUUGUGACCUUGAGUCUUGAAGGCUGCUAUAAACUUGUUAAGUUGCCAACCGAAAUUAGCUUGAAAUCUCUCAUUGCUAUGGAUCUUAGUGAUUGUUGUAGGCUAGAGGAAUUUCCAAAAAUUAUUGGAAAGAUGGAUUCCUUUAAAAAGUUGAACCUAUCACACACUAGCAUUAAAGAAUUGCAUUCAUCAAUUGGAAAUCUCAUGGGGCUUAAUGAGUUGAAUCUAGCAGAUUGUAAAAAUCUUACAACAAUACCAUGCAGCAUAUAUGAGUUACAAAAUCUAGAGAUCCUAGAUGUGAGUGGAUGCUCAAAUCUCAUUACAUUUCCAACAAAAGCAAGCAUUUCAUAUGAUCAUGACAGUCGUUCAUUAGCGCUUCCCAAGCUCCGUGCACUGAGAAUCAACAGAUGUAAUUUAUCAACUGCUGAUUUCAUUGGGAGUCUUGGUUGCUUGGAAACAUUAACCGAACUUGAUCUCUCAAGUAACAAUUUUGUCAGUGUUCCUGCACUUGGCAAAUUUGUCAACUUGCCAAGGAUUGACUUGUAUUGUUGCAAGAGACUUCGAGAGAUUCCAGAGCUGCCACCAAAUAUACUCAAGGUAAAUGCAAGGGAUUGCGAAUCACUGGAGAGAUUCUUGAUAUUGCCCAAGUCUUUGAAAAUGCUAGAGAUGAACUUGUGGAAUUGCCAUAGAUUUAGUUACAGUCUGUGCUAUGACAUGAUGGAAAAUAUUUUGCUGAAUAAUCAGCACAAUACCCGGUUUGGUCUUGUAUUACCCGAUAGUGAGGUUCCGAAGUGGUUCCACUGUUCGAAGGAGGUUGCUGCUAAUGAAAAAGGUCCAUCCAGUACAUGUGCAAUUUCUUUUGAAAUCCCUAGCAAAUUGAAUUGGGAGAACAUAGGACUGGCUGUUUGUUCUGUUCUGGAAAGACGUAGUUUUAUGAUUCGCGAUGGAGUUGAUAUUUCCAUCAAUGGGGUAUUCAUACAUCGGUGUGCCAAGUUGCCCAGUUGGCGCCGUUCCAAUUGGCUCUAUCCGACGGCAGACCAUAUGUGGCUAACUUAUAUUCCAUUAUCUGAUGAAAUAAAGGGAAAGGUGGAUCAAGAGGGUUGGGGGCUAACUUAUCAGUGUCAAGUUGAAUUUUACUCCUCCGCUCAAAUCAAAAGCUGUGGGGUUCACCUCGUAUGCCAACCACCGAGAGUGGCGGCGAUUAUCACCAUCAACAAGAGCAGGAGGAGCAACCAAUAGGAAUGAUUCCUCAGAUAUAUGGUGGAGUCCACCGGAUCAAAUCUUCCAGACUUCUGAUUGGCAAGCAACUCUUGAUCUUUUUUCCAUUUCACAGUUGACUCUAGCGAAUCUUGAUCCUACCUCACCAGCCACUCCAGAGUUCCAACAAUAAUGCCAUGCAUUUAGAUAUGUUCUUUCAGAGACAGAUGGGUUUGAAGCCAAAACUUGACAAUCCAACUGCUAUUUAUUUUACUUCGAGCUUCAAACUGUGAGAACCUGAUCAAGAUUUCAACUAUUUUCAGGUUUACUUGCGCCUUAAGAAACAGGAGCAAAAGUACUUGGUUAAAUCAGGAAACAACAUCGGUGUCAAAUUAAGAGAUCAAGUGGGAUGACUGACAAGAGUUUUCGGAGUAUUAGCAAGUGACAUGAGGCCCUUUAGAGGCUGCUGCAAGAUCAGGAUCUCUCCAACAAGUUUUUCUAUUCACUAGAACUAAACAAUGUAUGGAAUCAAUGAAGGCAUGGUGCUUUGGAUCUGGUAGGUGCUUGAGAUUGGCUACAUGCAUGAUGAUGGGGAAUAAUGGUCUCAAAGCUGUUUUUUAGUCCUCCACAUUGUUGAUCCUCAAUUGAUUCCAUUGUUGUAAGAGAACAUUGGUGGUAUCAGCUAGCUGGUAAAUGCAAAUUAAGUGGGGACUAUAGACAUUCCACUCUGAAAGGUUACAUAUUCUGGCCAAGUGGGGUACAUGCUGAUCCAGCUAAACUUGAAAUGACUGCAAAUAAGCUUGAAGCAGAAGUAUAUGCUAGUCACAUUCCUGAUUUGGACAAUGUCCUGCUUAAUGUUGAUGAGAAGGAGAAAGAGUACUUCCUAUUCACCAACCGUACCUCAUCCCAUUCAGAGAUACAUUCAGAUGUAUUAUUCUUUCAGAGACGGAGAGAUUUGAGGCUGAGACUUGAAAAGAAUCUUCAGACUUCAAGCUUCCAAGUGCAAGAGCUACUCAGAAUUUCAAGAUAUUUCACGUUUGGUAUUCCUCUUUGUUCUCAGGUGUCAGAAGAUCAAUGCCAAGUUUACUUUUGAAUGUCGUGAAGAUGAGUUUAUAGAAUAGAAGAUGCUGAGAGGAUACUAAAACACUCAACAAAUAUUCCUGGUUUGUAAUAUGGUUCUCUUGAGAUGAGGUUCUGAACAUCUGAUUUCUACAUUAAACCUCAGUUUCACUGUCUGCAACUGUAAUUUAGACUUUAGAGUCAUGACACAAUCUGGAAUUUCUUUGGAGUAGUCAGACUACUGUGCAACCACAUGUCCAGAUUUCUUUCCUUUGGAUCAAGGAUGCAUAUGCAUGUUGUAAUUACUUUCCAAAUAGUACAAAGUCAACCUCAUCUCAAGUUUUGCCGCAGUAUAUUCCUCUAACUUAUUGAAACGAAGCCAACGGGCGGAUAAGAUGCCUUUAUAUCCGUCAAGUAUUGUUUCACUAUAGGACAUACAGAAUUAGUAGAAAGCUGGCGUGGCAUUCGAUUAUACUGAUUUAGUUGGAUGAUUUUUCUCCAAGACGUCAUAGUACCGUUCAUAAUCUACCACUACAGAUUUCAGCAAGUUUUGCUGCAGUAUAUUCCUCUACCCUAUUGAAACAGCAUAAGAUUUCAGUCUGUCCAGUCACAGCGUAUGUUGUUCUUUGUUCUAAUUCUCCGUGAAGAAUGCUUGUCGAGGCUUUUCUUACACCGUAACAUUCUGGGGUGCAACUCACGAUAAAGAGACGAUCUUUAGUAUGGGGACUAUAGAUUUUCCAUUCAGAAAGGUUACAGACUCUGGCCAAGUUGGCUACGUGCUGAUUGUUGAUCUAACUGAAUUUAAGACGACCGCCAAUGAGCUAGAAGCAAAGAAGUUCUAGCCUGGCUUUGGCUAAGUAUCUUGCUUAAAGGUGAUGCGGCAGAUGUAUGCUGACCUUCGUGAGGAAGAAGAAUUGUUUUUCAUUGUGUCUAAGGAUGAAAUUGAUACUUCAUGCCAGGGUAGUGCAGUGGGGUGCUCCACCAAGAAGCUCUCUUAAAUUGAAUAUUGAUGGUGCCUAUGCUAAAGAGAAUGGCAUGGGAGGAGUGGGGUUGAUUUUCUGACUCUUCAGAGGGCUUGAAGGGCGGCUUCUCUAGGCAUCUUCCUGCAAUCCAAAGCGAGGCAGAAGAAGCUUGUACAGCAGGCUUGCUUGUGGCUAUUCACCAGAGUUGGAGACAUGUUGAGGUAGAAAGUGAUUGUGCUCAGUUGCUUGCUGCGCUGAAUCUUCAAGGGGAGGAUAACUCUGAGGUUAGUUGAAUAAUGGAUGGUUGUAAGGAUUAUAUGCAGUCUUUUGAUUUUAUUCAAGUUCAACAUAUUUACCGUGAAGCAAAUUGUGUCACCCAUUAGAUUAGUGCACUUUGCUGGUUAUGAUUAUGUUAUUCAGGAAAAUUGUAGAAUUGCAAUCGAGGCACGUGAAAUUUACCAUGACAAAUGCACCAAACGUUCUUGGGAAAUUGUGAACACAGGAAAGCCUUCAAGACAUCCAGUUCUAUUUGCAGCAUCUGUGGGAAGCUUUGGAGCCUAUUUGGCUGAUGGUUCUGAGUAUAGGGAGAUUCUAGCCAACUCUGUUGCUCAUCUAAUUGCAUUUGAGACGACACUGAAUAAGUUAGAGGCAAAGGCAUGUGCUGAACUUCUUGAUGAAGAAGCAUUAGAUUUCCAGCAUGGUUUACUUUUGCUUCUAAAGAUGGAAUCAGUGUGGUGAGUGUUCAUUCCAUCUUUGAGUGUGCCUCUAUUGCUAAUGUAUGCAAGCAAGUUGUUGUUGUUGGAAUCUAUAGUACACUGCCUUGAUUUGUCCAGUGGCUGGUUUCAUCUAUUCGGAAGGUAACAAGCAAACCAAUAAUGAUAUUACCCAACAGUGGUGAGACCUAUGAUGGUCAGAGCAAGCAAUGGGUGUUGUAAGGUUACCAGCAAACAUACACUGAUAUACCUUGAUAGUGGCGAGACUCUUCUGAUGGUCAGAGCAAGCAAGGGAUGUGAUCUAAUGGGGUUUGAUCAAGAGUUUGCGGCAAAGGUAGCCACAGGAAGUGGCAUGAUGCUGGAGCUAUAAGCAUAUAUGGUGCUGGUGUUGUAUGCUGAGGUUAUUUCAGAAUAGCCGUGCUUAUUAAGAAGUUCCGGCUUUGGAAAAGUAUCUUGCUUCAAGGUGAUGUGGCAUGUGUGCUGAACUUCUUGAGGAAGAAGGAAUUGGUUUUCAUUGUUUCUAAGGAUGGAAUUCAUGCUGUGAGUUUGGCAGUUUGCCUCUGUUGUAGAUUCAUGCAAAUAAGCAUUAAUUAUUUGCAUCAAUUCAGCAGCACAAAUUCAGUAGCUAGGGCCAAUCUGGAUUACCAUUCACAAGGUCUAGUGGCACCCGAUCUUAUGUGGUGGUUGAUGAGGGUUUUUAGAGUCAUAAGUAAGUGGCAUGAGUGAGGGUGCUGCAGUAUUAACUAUUAAGCUCUAUCCAACAAGUAUGUCUAUUCAUCAAAACAGAUCAAUGAGUAACAAGCGAACCAAUAGUGAUAUACACUAACAGUGGUGAAACCAUUUGUUGUUCAGAGCAAGCAAUGGGUGCCAUCGAGGGGGUGGGUUAGAGUUUUCGGACAUUGUCUUAGACCAGUGGUGUGAGGCUGGGGCUUCCCUUUUUGGAGGCUGCUGCAGAAUAACUACGAAUACCAGCAGGGUAACAUGCCAAUAUCUAAGGCUCUUGCUAACAAGUCUUCUGCAGUUAACGAGGUUUAGUUGAAUCCCGAAACUGAGAUAGGUAUAAUUUGAAUCAUAUAUGGACAGCAUCAAUCUGGUGUUAACCUUCAUAAGAUGUACUGGCACUUAAAAGGGGAGCAAGGACUUCUAGUUAUAUUAGGAAAGAACUUUGAUGUUAAUAAAGACUCCAUGGACUAAUGGCAACUUCAAGGUUACAAGCAAACAUAUUGUACCUUAACAGCGGCGAGACUUUUGAUAGUAGAGCAAGCAGCAAGCUGGAGUGAUCAAGUAGGGUGUUGAUCGAUGAAGAGUUUGCAGCAGAUAUAGCCAUUGGCGAGUGGCAAAAUGCUGGGCCUUUCCUGUUUAGAGACUCCGAAUAUCAGCAGAACACUUGUCAGCAAGAUUUGGCUACCACAGGAAAUAUAACACUUGGUUUCAACGAAACGGGGAGCCAAAAGUAUCCACUGAUGAAUAUGAACAGGGCACCUAUCGCUACUUUGACUUCCAUAUUGACAAUGAUGACCUAUGCAGAUGGUAUGAUUCUAUUGAUUUUUUCUUUUCUUUUCUUUUUGUCAGAGAUUCUAUUAAUCUUUUAGUUCUAGAGUUUGCAACCAAUAGCCUUUUUGAUGUGGAGUCUAGGUUGCCAUUUGCUUUUUGAUGCUUUCAACCAUAUUACAACUUCUGCUACAUACCUAGUUAUUUGAGCAGAAGGGACUAGGGAGAUAGCAAGAUUUUACUUUUGGAGAGAUGAUUGAUGGUGUGCCUUAAGAAAAGUUACUUUUCGAUGCUUUUAGUCAUCUUGCAACUUCUGCUUCAUACCUAGCUAUUUGAGUGUUGAAGGGACUAGAGAGGUAGCAAGAUCACACUUUUGGAGUGAUGGUUGAUGGUGUGCCCUAAGAAAAGUUACUGUAAGAUCUUGUUGCAGCUAACGUAGGAAAAGUUUGUUGGAUGCGAACAAAAAGGUUCGGUCCUGCUGCUUGUGCAUUUCUCCAAGACAGGAUGACGUUUCGGAAGCUGAAAUUUUUCAGGCACCAUUGUUUUAUGUGGAUAGUAUUGGAGAUUUACUAGGAGCACCUUUCUAUACAUAGAAGUUCUCUUGAUUCGCACCCUUGUUGCAUGAUUUUGAGUUCAUUUCACAGAAAAGAAGUAUUUGGGAAAAAAGAAGAAGGAAGGAACAAAAAUUGAGUGCGCACAUCUGUGCUGAAGUAGAACACACAUACACAUGCACAUGCAUUCUUUGUAUAUAUUAAAUUGUCUAACUAACAUGUCUUUAUAUGAAAACAUCAAAAUAGUACAAAGUCAGCUCAUCUCAUAUGUUGCUGCAGUAUAGUCGUUUCCCUUAUUGAAAUGAAGCCAGUGGGCGAAUAAGAUGCUGGGGUUUGGGUUGCCGUUAUAUCUAUCAAGCUCAAUUUUACUAUAAGAGUUACAGGAUGAGUCGAAAGCUGUCGUGGCAUUCGAUGGUACGGAUUUAGUUGGUUGAUUUUCUCAAAGGCAUUCAUCUAUCCACAAUGGAGUACCAAUCAUAAUCUACAGAUUUCAGUCUGUUCUUAUCACAAUCUCUGUGAAGAAUGUUUGUCAAGGCUUUUUCUUACACCCCAACAUUCUGAAGUGUGAAUCCUGAUAAAG